GUUUCCAAUAACCUAAUCAGUGAGACUCGGGCACCAACAUUUAAAAAUGACCAGCGUGUGUGAAGCACUCAAGAAGCUGCAAUAUUUCUACCGUUGUAGUUUGCCUGCAGCACAAGUUCUGCAGGCUGUUUGGUUUAAUUUCUUUAGAGACACAAUGGCUUCAGGAUUUGGUCUGCGGGUGCUUUUGCUCUCUCUGUUAGCUGGUGGGCAGCAUGCUAACGCGCUCAGCUACAGCACUGUGGGCUCCAGAGCCGUCACACCAUACGUACAACAGACUGAGAGUUUUCCGAGAAGCAAUGAACCCUCUGCACCACAAGAAAGUUCUCUGAGCAGUUAUGAACAAAGUUACACUGAUAGUGGAUCAUCUGAGAACAGGAAGCAUGCUGCUGCACCUUACAAUGGUUCAUAUGGACAUGGAGUAGAUGGAUACAGUCCAGAGGGAAGUGUUUCUACUUACAAGCCUCCUCCAAUAAUACGACAAAACCCACAGCAGCAAACACAAGGUGUUGACCAAUCCAAAGACAACAUGUGGGAUAUUGCUUUGCAACAAAAUGAGAACGUUUUUGUGAAGGCUGUCGCUUCAAGUCGAGGAAUUUGGAUAGCCAACCUGAGGCAGGUAGUGCAAUCAGCUACCCUUGCAAGCCCCAGCAGCCCCGCAACUAGUCCAAGCCCCAGUCCCAGCCCCGGCAGCCGAGUUACCAGUCCCAGCCCCGGCAGCCGAGCUACCAGUCCCAGCCCCGGCAGCCGAGCUACCAGUCCAAUCCCUGUCCCCAGCAGCCCCGGCAGCCGAGCUACCAGUCCCAGUCCCGUCCCCAGCAGCCCCGGCAGCCGAGCUACCAGUCCCAUCCCCGUCCCCAGCAGCCCUGGCAGCCGAGCUACCAGUCCCAUCCCCGUCCCCAGCAGCCCCGGCAGCCGAGCUACCAGUCCCAUCCCCGUCCCCGGCAGCCGAGCUACCAGUCCCAGCCCCGGCAGCCGAGCAACCAGUCCCAGUCUCGUCCCCAGCAGCCCCGGCAGCCGAGCUACCAGUCCAAUCCCCGUCCCCAGCAGCCCCGGCAGCCGAGCUACCAGUCCCAGCCCCGGCAGCCGAGCUACCAGUCCAAUCCCCGUCCCCAGCAGCCCCGGCAGCCGAGCUACCAGUCCAAUCCCCGUCCCCAGCAGCCCCGGCAGCCGAGCUACCAGUCCAAUCCCCGUCCCCAGCAGCCCCGGCAGCCGAGCUACCAGUCCCAGUCCCGUCCCCAGCAGCCCCGGCAGCCGAGCUACCAGUCCCAUCCCCGUCCCCAGCAGCCCCGGCAGCCGAGCUACCAGUCCCAUCCCCGUCCCCAGCAGCCCCGGCAGCCGAGCAACCAGUCCCAUCCCCGUCCCCAGCAGCCCCGGCAGCCGAGCAACCAGUCCCAGUCCCGUCCCCAGCAGCCCCGGCAGCCGAGCUACCAGUCCCAGUCCCGUCCCCAGCAGCCCCGGCAGCCGAGCUACCAGUCCCAUCCCCGUCCCCAGCAGCCCCGGCAGCCGAGCUACCAGUCCCAUCCCCGUCCCCAGCAGCCCCGGCAGCCGAGCUACCAGUCCCAUCCCCGUCCCCAGCAGCCCCGGCAGCCGAGCUACCAGUCGCAGCCCCAGCCCCAGCCCCAGCCCCAGCAGCAGCCCAAGCCCCAGCCCCAGCCCCAGCCCCAGCAGCGGAGCUACCAGCCCAAGCAGCCCCAGCAGUCCAAGCCCCAGCAGCGGAGCUACCAGCCCAAGCAGCCCCAGCAGUCCAAGCCCCAGCAGCGGAGCUACCAGCCCAAGCAGCCCCAGCAGUCCAAGCCCCAGCAGUAGCCCCAGCAGCAGAGCUACCAGCCCAAGCAGCCCCAGCAGUCCAAGCCCCAGCAGCAGAGCUACCAGCCCAAGCAGCCCCAGCAGUCCAAGCCCCAGCAGUAGCCCCAGCAGCAGAGCUACCAGCCCAAGCAGCCCCAGCAGUCCAAGCCCCAGCAGCAGAGCUACCAGCCCAAGCAGCCCCAGCAGUCCAAGCCCCAGCAGUAGCCCCAGCAGCAGAGCUACCAGCCCAAGCAGCCCCAGCAGUCCAAGCCCCAGCAGUAGCCCCAGCAGCAGAGCUACCAGCCCAAGCAGCCCCAGCAGCAGCCCCAGCAGCAGAGCUACCAGCCCAAGCAGCCCCAGCAGUCCAAGCCCCAGCAGCAGCCCCAGCAGUCCAAGCCCAGCAGCAGCCCCAGCAGUCCAAGCCCCAGCAGCAGCCCCAGCAGUCCAAGCCCCAGCAGCAGCCCCAGCACCCCAGCAGCAGCCCAGCAGUCCAAGCCCCAGCAGCAGCCCCAGCAGUCCAAGCCCCAGCAGUCCAAGCCCCAGCAGCAGCCCCACCAGCCCAAGCCCCAGCAGCAGAGCUACCAGCCCAAGCAGCCCCAGCAGUCCAAGCCCCAGCAGCAGCCCCAGCAGCAGAGCUACCAGCCCAAGCAGCCGCCCCAGCAGCAGAGCUACCAGCCCAAGCAGCCCCAGCAGUCCAAGCCCCAGCAGUAGCCCCAGCAGCAGAGCUACCAGCCCAAGCCCCAGCAGCCCAAGCCCCAGCAGCCCAAGCCCCAGCAGCCCAAGCCCCAGCUACCAGCCCAGCAGCAGAGCUACCAGCCCCAGCAGCCCCAGCAGUAGCCCCAGCAGCAGAGCUACCAGCCCAAGCCCCAGCAGCACCAGCAGCCCCAGCAGUCCAAGCCCCAGCAGUCCAAGCCCCAGCAGCAGCCCCAGCAGUCCAAGCCCAGCAGCAGCCCCAGCAGUCCAAGCCCCAGCAGCAGCCCAGCAGUCCAAGCCCCAGCAGCAGCCCAGCAGCAGACAGCCCCAGCAGCAGAGCUACCAGCCCAAGCAGCCCCAGCAGUCCAAGCCCCAGCAGCAGCCCCAGCAGCAGAGCUACCAGCCCAAGCAGCCCCAGCAGUCCAAGCCCCAGCAGCAGCCCCAGCAGCAGAGCUACCAGCCCAAGCAGCAGCCCCAGCAGCAGAGCUACCAGCCCAAGCAGCAGCCCAGCAGCAGAGCUACCAGCACAAGCAGCAGCCCCAGCAGCAGAGCUACCAGCCCAAGCAGCAGCCCCAGCAGCAGAGCUACCAGCCCAAGCAGCAGCCCCAGCAGCAGAGCUACCAGCCCAAGCAGCAGCCCCAGCAGCAGAGCUACCAGCCCAAGCAGCAGCCCCAGCAGCAGAGCUACCAGCCCAAGCAGCAGCCCCAGCAGCAGAGCUACCAGCCCAAGCAGCCGCCCCAGCAGCAGAGCUACCAGCCCAAGCAGCCCAAGCCCCAGCAGCCCAAGCCCCAGCAGCCCAAGCCCCAGCAGCCCAAGCCCCAGCAGCCCAAGCCCCAGCAGCCCAAGCCCCAGCAGUCCAAGCCCCAGCAGCCCAAGCCCCAGCAGCCCCAGCAGCAGAGCUACCAGCCCCAGCAGCAGACCGCAGCAGCCCAGCAGUCCAAGCCCCAGCAGCAGCCCCAGCAGUCCAAGCCCCAGCAGCAGCCCCAGCAGUCCAAGCCCCAGCAGCAGCCCCAGCAGUCCAAGCCCCAGCAGCAGCCCCACCAGCCCAAGCCCCAGCAGCAGCCCCAGCAGCAGAGCUACCAGCCCAAGCCCCAGCAGCAGCCCCAGCAGCAGCCCCAGCAGUCCAAGCCCCAGCAGCAGCCCCAGCAGUCCAAGCCCCAGCAGCAGCCCCAGCUCCAAGCCCAGCAGCAGCCCCAGCAGCAGCCCCAGCAGUCCAAGCCCCAGCAGCAGCCCCAGCAGUCCAAGCCCCAGCAGCAGCCCCAGCAGCAGCCCCAGCAGUCCAAGCCCCAGCAGCAGCCCCAGCAGUCCAAGCCCCAGCAGCAGCCCCAGCAGUCCAAGCCCCAGCAGCAGCCCCAGCAGCAGAGCUACCAGCCCAAGCAGCCCCAGCAGCAGUCCAAGCCCCAGCAGCAGUCCAAGCCCCAGCAGCAGUCCAAGCCCCAGCAGCAGUCCAAGCCCCAGCAGCAGAGCUACCAGCCCCAGCAGCAGUCCAAGCCCCAGCAGCAGCCCCAGCAGUCCAAGCCCCAGCAGCAGCCCCAGCAGUCCAAGCCCCAGCAGCAGUCCAAGCCCCAGCAGCAGAGCUACCAGCCCCAGCAGCAGUCCAAGCCCCAGCAGCAGCCCCAGCAGUCCAAGCCCCAGCAGCAGCCCCAGCAGUCCAAGCCCCAGCAGCAGCCCCAGCAGUCCAAGCCCCAGCAGCAGCGCUACCAGCCCAAGCAGCCCCAGCAGCAGCCCCACCAGCCCAAGCAGCCCCAGCCCCAGCAGCAGAGCUACCAGCCCAAGCAGUCCCAGCCCCAGCAGCAGCCCCAGCACUACCAGCCCCAGCAGUCCAAGCCCCAGCAGCAGUCCAAGCCCCAGCAGCAGCCCCACCAGUCCAAGCCCCAGCAGUCCAAGCAGCCCCAGCAGCCCCAGCCCCAGCAGUCGAGCGACCAGUCCAAGUCCCACUGGCCCAACCAGCCGAGCGACCAGUCCAAAGCCCCAGCUACCAGUCCAAAUUGCAGAGCUACCAGUCCAAAGCCCCAGCUACCAGUCCAAGCCCCAGCUGGGUGUUCCACAGAUCAAAGAUGCAAUAGCUUUUGCCCCUGACAGUGGCUCUCCAAUGAGUUCCAGACCCAUUCCCUGGUGGAAACAGCGGCUGGUUCUCAAGUUUAACAAACAUCAUUGGCUCUAGGCACACUCAGGUUGCUGUGGUCGUCUCCCAGAAAGAUCAGCUCUUGGGAUUAUUUGAAAAUGAAUAAAGUACCUGGAAACAUAA